GAAAGAUUACGCUCGGCUACGGUAUUCCCAAAAUAAAAAUGGUGGUUAUAGAGUCACCCAUGUGAACGUCGCUUGUCAUGUGUUUAUUACCGCGAGUCUUUCCUUGAAUUUCCAAACGUGUUCUGCUAGGUGGUUCCUAUGGAUGCACAGUGCUCCCAGCUGCUGCCCCAUGUAUGUGGGGUACUUGCUGACAACAGGCAACCUAUGACGGAUAGCUCCUGCUUUGAGAAACUGCUGGAUUGGUUUACCUCUUUGCUUAAUAAAGUCUCAGCGGAGCAGCUGCUGGAGGAGAAUCAAUGCAUCCUGAUGCUUUUUCAACAUGUCUUGAGUGUUGGAGACCCUGAUCCAAAUCUUCUUACUUUUUCCAUGCGCCUCGUGGGAAUGCUUGCAGGGCAUGAACCAGGAUUUAAGUAUCUACUGAUGAAGAAUAUUGUGCAACGUAUGUUUGGUGAAAAUAUCUAUACACAUGAGCUAUGGAGAGAUGCAUCAGUCAGAAGGGCCUGGAUCCACGGGCUGCUCAGCAUGGUUCAACAUAAGCAAGCUGUUUUCUUUUUGUCAGAAUCAGGAAUUAUAGAGGUGAUGCUAAAUCUACAAAUGGAUUCCAGCCUUUUUGUUGCCUCUGCCUCCAACCAACUAGUAGCUCACAUAUUUCUAGUGUGUCUGAAGAUGGAACUAGAAAAUUCGGAAUGCACAGAGAUUGCUAAUUGGCCAGAAAGUGCUCAAACAAUCUUAACAUUUCUGGAGAAGUCACUGAUGUCUGGGAGUUCUUUCUCUGUAACUCAGGCAAUCAAAGCUCUUACUUUAGUUUAUAACGGCUGUACAGAUUCAUUGUCUGCAAUUUUGUGGUCGUGUAUAGCAGUAGCAGUAAAUUCUCUUCUUGACCAGAAAACAGUUCAUGGCGCCAAGCAUUUUGAAGAACUUCUUCUUUCUGUAGCAAGGUUUCCUGCAUUCGCUAAUCCAGAAAGUGACCUAUGGAUUCUGAUAAAGCGUGCCCUGAAAAACUUAAAUCCUUUACAGUCAGGCUCCUUAGCACUGGGAAUUCUAAAGUUAGAAAACUGCCCCCAGGCAGUCAGUCUGCAAGCAAUGUGUGUGCUUCUUCAUCCACUCGACUGUGUGUUAAAAGCAUCUGUCUCCUGUGGUCAGCCAGGUAUGCUUGAUGAACUUGUGUCUGAUCCUGCUGAGGUUGACAAACUGUUAUCUACCAAGCCUUCUUGUGUGGCUCUGCUGUGCCAAUGUCUGUGCCAUCUCCACCAGCUCUGCCAUAUGAGUUCACUUAGCAUCAAAAUACCCCAUGAGUCUGUGCUGAACUGUGUAGUCACAGUGUUGCAGUUCUGCAUUGGUCAAGCAUCUUCAUCUGUAGGAUCCAACCUCUGCAGGUUCUUGAUAGGAUGCCUCAAGGUACAAAGACCAGCGCUGGACGCCCUUGGAUCACUAGCACUUUGGCCACUGAAUCAGCAUUCUUUACUGAAAAUCUACAAUGUAUUGCUAGCUUACCUUGAGAAUCCAGAGACAGACCCAAUGGUUCUAAAAAAGAGUCUCCAGGCCUCCUUAAAAUGGCUGCAAGUCUCUUCAGUCUCAUCAGACAGUGAACACUGGCAUUGCAGCUGCAGGUUUCUGCAAGAUUUGUUUCCAGUUCUUAUGAAGCGUAUGUGCAGUCCAUCAUGGGAAAUUCGGGAUUCCACUUUAGAAUUCCUUGCACUUCUUAUAGACUCGGUGAAAGAAAAAGGAGAAUUCCAGAAAGUUCUUCAAACUUCCAGAGUUUUGCAGCUUGUGCUAGAGUUGCUGAAGGAUCCUGAGAGCUAUGUACGAGCAAGUGCAGUGUCCUGCCUGGGCAAAAUCGUCACUAUUACUCACCUUUAUCCUGCAUUGUCUGAAGAAAGCUGGUUACCAAUUAACAAUGAGGAUAUUGUGUCACAUCUCUUGGAUAUUUUAUCUCAAGACACAGAGGGUUUCCCCAGAAGAGCUGUAGUAAAGGUUUUUACUGAAUGGCUUAAACGGGGUGACAUGCAGCAUUUAAAGGACCCAAAGCAAACUCUCUCCAGGAUUCUGGAAGUGACCCGCAACGAUUUGGAUUGGGAAGUUAAAGUCAAUGCACUUGAUCUUGCGGAUGUGUUUAUGGAUCAAACGCUUGCUAUUUGGAAUUUCAGUAGUUGUCCAUACACAGUAGAUUUGCAUUGUAACACCAGUAAUAACCCGACGACUGAAGCAAUACAAAAAUGUGAUGAAGUUGGACUCUUUCAGUUUCUACUGAGCAGCCUCUGUGACUGUGAUAGGCCAGUAGCAUUGAGAUCCUGUGAUAUGCUUUGUGCUUUGAAGGCAAAGUUAUGUGAAGGAGAGUCGGCAACAGAAUAUGUACCCUCGGAGCUCUAUGAUAUAGACUGGCUGGAAAGUAUACUAAAGGAUAGAUGUCUUAAAGGCCACAAAAGUAGUAACAGUGUGGCACAGGAGGCAAGCUGGCUGACUGACAUUUUGAAGAAAAUUGAUUUGGUCAGCCUAAAAAUCUCUCUAUCAAUGGGUAGUGGUCAUGUACACGAAACACCACAAUCACUUUUGUAUGAUAUCAAGGCUUCAUUGUUGGGUCUAGAGGAACACGAUGCAGAUUGCUACUAAUCAGGAAAUCUAGGUCUGUUGAUUAUUAACAUGUAAACAGUUGCUACCUGCUACAUAUUACUAACCAGUUAAGUUAUAAUGUCCUAACUUGGUCAAUGGGAACAACAUUUAUGCAACAUAUGCAUUCUUAAAAACAAUGGAAAAUUUGCUCAAAGCACAAUUUAAAGGGACUGAUUUGUAUUUGUCUAAUGGAAAAUUAUAAUAUUAAUGUACAAUGUGGUUCCUGCUGCAAAACUGCUCAUACGUAUACAGUUAGGCCCAUAAAUCUUUGGACACAGACCACUUUUUUCUAAUUUUGGUUCUGUACAUUACCACAAUGAAUUAUAUAAAACAACUCAGAUGCAGUUGAACUGCAGACGUCCAGCUUUAAUUCAGUGGGUUGAAUAAAGAGAUUGCAUAAAAA